AUGGCUGAUCCAGACGUAUACACCGUUGGUUGGAUAUGCGCCCUGGUUGUCGAGCUCGUUGCUGCGAAAGCCUUCCUCGACAAAGUCCAUGACGACCCGGAACGACUCAGCCCGAAUGAUACCAACACAUAUUCUCUCGGUGAAAUCGGUGGGCACAAUAUUGUGAUUGCCGCUCUGCCAACCGGCGAUCUAAGGCCGAGCGCUGCAGCGGUCGUGGCCAUGCAGAUGCAAAACAGCUUUCCCAACAUCCAGUUCUGCCUCAGUGUCGGCACAGCCGGCGGCGCACCGAGCCCGAAGAACGACAUCCGGCUCGGCGACGUUAUCGUCAGCUGUCCCCGGGGCACCCAAGGUGGCGUUUUCCAGUACGACUCCGGCCGCAGGAUCCAAGAUGAGCGUUUCGAGUUCAGAGGCCACUUGAACAAGCCGCCGUGCCUGUUGCAAACAGUGAUAGGGAACCUCGAGGCCAGAUACCAGCAGCACGGGCACAAUCUCGACAAGGCGGCGGCGGCGGCGGCGCAGCGCCUGGCGAGAGGGGCCCACUAUCGUCAACCGCCGAAGACGACAGACAGGCUCUUCCUGUCGACGUGCACGCACCCUUCGCGGUCGAAUCAGUCGUGCAGCCAGGUUUGCGACACGCAUGCUGGGGUGCUGCAGCGGCGCGAUCGCGACCAGGCGGACGGCAGAUUCAUGGUGCACUAUGGGCUCGUGGCAUCGGGCAGCCGGCUCGUCAGGGAUGCUGCGUUCCGGGACAAUCUCGUUGGGACGCACGACGUCCUCUGCUUUGAGAUGCAAGCGGCUGGCCUCAUGAACGCUCUUCCGUGCCUCGUCGUCCGGGGUAUCAGCAACUACUCGGACACGCACAAGAACGACGAGUGGCAGGGCUUCGCGGCCAUGAUGGCAGCCGCCUACGCGGCAGACCUGCUCCGCGAGGUGCCGUCCAUCGCUCAUAGGAGGGAGGUGGAUCGUGUUUGGGUUCUAGACUCGGGUAAGUGGUUAUGA